ACAAAGCAAUCGACGCGAACAAAGGCAGCCCCUGAGAUAGGCCUGCCUGCGAUAAGCAUUGUCUCGCCAUGCUGCAUCAGUCAGGAUGCGCCGGUCAGCGGCCAAGGAUGCUGCUGCUGCUAAGGCAGGCAUGCGGUUCCGCUUCAAAGAACAGUUCACACCUGAACAACGAAAGCAAGAGGCAGAGACCAUAUUGCAAAAGUAUCCCCAGAGGAUCCCUGUGAUCGUGGAGCGGGCUCCAAACUCUCAUAUCCCCGCCAUCGACAAGCAGAAAUUUCUAGUGCCCAGUGACAUUACAGUUGCACAGUUCCUUUGGAUUGUGCGCAAGAGAAUACAGCUUUCACCUGAACGGGCGUUGUUUGUCUUCGUCGGAAGACUUAUGCCGCAAUCCAGUCUGAGCAUGGGAGACUUGUAUGGAACGUACCACGAUGAAGAUGGCUUCCUCUACUUAGCCUACAGCGGCGAAAACACGUUUGGGUGCUGAGCACAUCUGCUGGUCAAUUGUGCUUUCACACUCUCCUUCACGUCAACUUUACCAAUGUUAUCAUUUCGCGUUGCUGAACAGGACUGUACAGAAUAAAUCCUUUUAUACAAUACAAGUAAAUAUAUUUCGCAGUUCUG